GAGGGAUGUCGGCGAGCGGCGGGCGGCGGAUGACUCAGUGCUGAUCGGCGCGUGCGCAGCUCAGCAGCUGUCCUGCGGUGUUGGUGAUGUGGUACAGUGAUAUAGUGUGUAUAUAUUAUAGUGAUAAUGGAGAUAUCUAAUGAUAUCCCGCCGAAAUCGACGCAAACGAACGAAUAAUUCCAAUUUUAGUCAAAUCAGUUCCUAUUUAGUUAUUAGGCACAAUGUAUAAUUCUAAUGAAUUCCUGCAUAGCGCUGGUGUCAGUCGCCAAAUGCAAGCAACAGGGGAGGCUCCAUCGCAGAAGACGAGCAUGAAACGUCGCUCGUGCGAGGUUCCCCUGGGAGACAUUACUUUCAACAACUUUAAAGUAUCUUUAGGUGAUAUAACAAAUGAUGGUUACGACUGUCGCUCUUUAAGAUCAAAUAAGUCCGAAGACAGCAGAUCUUUGAGGUACUACAGACCGAUCGAUAGCCGAAGUUAUAAGAAUUUUCGGUCAUCUUUGGUGGAUAUAUCACAGGGUUCCUUGACAAGGCCACCUAGCUACGAUCAGCUGUCGAGGCGAUCUGUUAUUGAAGGUGUAGACGCUCAGGGUAUCACUUCCAGUAUCGAAGGCGUGCUGUGGUCUGAUGAGGAGGAGAACGAAUACUUUUACCAAGAAAAUAUCACUUCUGCGUGGAAUCAAGAUCUGGCGGCGUUACGGCAACUACUAGAGAGCGAAACAGGCGGCACUACAUGUCCAAGUUGUAACAUGCCCUUUGAUAAGGGCAAAAAGAGAAAGCUGAUCGAUACGUGCGGACAUGAACGCUGUUACGCUUGCAUGUUUAGGAAUGAAGCGUGCCCUAUAUGUGCAAGAAAAAGCCAAGGAAGAAAACCAGUUAUGGAGAGAUAUACUCCUUCACCGCAGAGACUGUCUGAUCCAGAAUGGCAAUCACCGUUACGUCUGCCUAAACCACCAAAGCAAACAUCGACAUUGGCACAAAGUUGUCCCACACCACCCCACACGAGAAGAAGAUUCUUUUUAAGUCCAAAGUCAUUAAGAAGUCCAUUUGGUCAGCGCAGCAGUCGGCAUUCACAAGAAAAUCACGUACCAUUGUCUGGAUUACCAGAAGAAGGUCCCAGAAGCGCGGCGUGGACGAGUCUUGUCUUCAAUAAAAUAAGAUCGUUGUGGUCCGCGCACUCAUCCGUGCCGCAGGGACUCAAUCAAUUGACAGACGACGAAGGAGGUCAUAUCAAGCAAGGUUUCCAGUCGCGACGCCAGAAUGACCUCUACAUGCGCCUUGGUCUGCUGUUGGGGGAACGCCGUGGCUCCAGAAACAAGUCUCGGGAAAGCUGCACAUCUCUUGCCUCAUUGGAUGCUCACACUUUGGCUUCACACAAUACUAGUCCGGUGUCAACACUUACGGGAUCUUCGGAAGUAGACGCGGCCACACCCCUCGGAAGAGAAUCAUUAGGAUCACUAGCGUCUAUGUCGUUGUCAGCUGCAAGUAAUUGCUCUUCAUCAAGUCCGGGCAGCAGGCGGCAUUCAGUUACAAUGUUGCAAAAUGGCCGAGAAGAUUUAUCGCGAAUGUCGAGCGGUUUCUUUAAAAAUAGAAAAACGGCUGCUCGAAGAUCGGCCAGAGUAAGCAGUAAAGCUUCAACUUCAUCAUCUGACUUGAAAAAAGUUCAUCCGACCCCGCAACUCACACUUCGACCAUUAUUUUUCGAAGUACCCUCAACAGACAACCAGACAAUAUUUUCCGGACGCUUGUGGCUGAUGAGAGACAUGGAAAAAGCACUUGAAUCUACCGCCUCAGGAAUUCUUAUAUCUGGAAGCCCAGGCACAGGAAAAACGGCCUUGAUCCUACAACUUGUUGAAUAUUCAUGUUUCGGCCGCAAAAGAAAUUACGAAUACGAAGAGCUGAGGGAACAGUCUGAUAUUCGAGAACUUUUACCCGAGGAAAUCGCUGCUGGUUCCAUAACUCAUCUUGCCUCCCAAGUAGUGGCAUAUCAUUUCUGUCAGGCUGACAACAAUAGCACGUGUCUAGUCGGCGAGUUUGUCCAUUCAUUAGCGGCGCAGUUAUGUCAAGCACCUCGACUUCAAGCCUAUAGAGAAUAUUUAUUAAGCGAAGCACAUCUUUUGUCAUGCCUGUCCCUUAAGGAAUGCAUUGCAGAUCCAGAUUUAGCUUUUGUUAGAGGAAUUAUAGAACCCCUAGUAAUUCUACGACGAAAUGGAAGCAUUGAUUCGGCAAAUAGCAUUAUUUUGGUUGAUGGUCUUUGUGAAGCAGAAUACCAUAGACCAGAUCAUGGCUAUACAAUAGCAUCUUUCCUGAUCAGACAUGUUCCUGAAAUGCCUUCUUGGCUUAAAGUUGUCACAACGAUACGAACGCAGUUUUUAGAAUUGACAAAGCAAUUGCCGUAUACGAGACUAAGUUUGGAUGAAUCUGAUAAUGUUAAUAAAGAUUUAGUGGAGUAUUUCAAUGCAAGGGUUCAAGUGGCACCAAUUAUAGAAACGAACAUAAAAAGUUCUACGGUAAAAUCAGAAGGAGUGCACAACCCCGUGAUGAAAUUUGCGCAAUACGUGCUACAUCUAAGCCAAGGCUCAUUCCUAUUUAUGAAGCUAAUUCUUGAUCUCUUAGAACGAAGUCACAUUGUAGUAAAAUCGACAAAUUACAAAGUUGUACCUAUAUCUUUAGCGCAAAUAUUCCUACUUCAGUUUAAUCUUCGAUUCCCUACAGUACAAUCAUUUGAAAAGGUCACUCAUAUACUAAGCGUUUGCUUGGCAGCAUUGUAUCCACUUACGUUAGUCGAAAUUUAUUAUUCUGUCAACUCGCUUUUAGUAGACACAUUUUUACCAUGGGAAGAAUUCUGUCAUCGAUUCGAAUCUCUCACUGAUUUUCUCGUAAAAAGAAUCGAUAACACCUACAUGUUCUUCCAUCCUUCGUUCAGAGAAUGGCUUAUUAGGCGUGAAGAUAAUGAGAGCCCCAAAUUUUUGUGUGACUUAAGAGCUGGCCACUGUGCAAUAGCCUUUAGACUAUCAAGAGUACAAUCACCUUUAGACCCAGAAAAGUCCAUGGAAUUAGGACAUCAUAUUUUAAAGGCACAUAUGUACAGGAAUUUAGGUCCAGCUCAGUUAGGGCUUUGUCCUAGAGAUUUACAAGCGACACUUGUAGCUUCAAGCUCUGCCAAUGUUGGCGAAGCAAUCGCUAAUUUGCGAAACGUUUACACGCCGAAUGUCAAAGUAUCUAGGCUAAUGCUCUUAGCUGGAGGAUCUCCAAAUCAAGUUACGGAAUGUCUUGGAAAUGCGCCAUUACUUUGUAUGUACGCUUAUCAAGGGAUCAUAGCUAUGGUCGGCUUGUUGAUUGAGUUUGGAGCUGACUUGGAAAUGACCAAUUCGCAAGGAUGUACAGCACUCUCGCUGGCUUGCCAGAGAGGUCACACUGAUGUUGCAAGAAUGCUGAUUGCUACAGGAGCUUCAUUAAGUCAUACAGAUACAGCGGAACAAACGCCAUUGGUUCAUGCUGCCAAAAAUGGACAUAGAGAUACGGUUAUAUACCUCUUGGGUUGUCAAAGUGGUAAAGAUGACAGGAAUUCGAUAGACAUCUACGAUGGCAAAAUUGAACAGUUAGUUCCAGGAGCAAGACAUGCGUUAAUUGCAGCGGCUCAAAAUGGCCAUCUGGAUAUUGUUGAAUAUUUAUUGGACACAGCUGAAUUAAUACCUGAUGGUAUAUGCAGCGUCACGGGCGAGACGGCUCUAACUGCGGCGUGUUCGUCUGGCACGGCCUGUAUUGCGGACGCACUGCUGGUUCGUGGGGCGACUCCCUACUCGCUCAAUGCAAGACAGAUGUCACCGUUAGCACUGGCUGCUAAAAAUGGAAGAGGAGCACUGGUACUUCGGCUGCUAGAUGCGGGGGCAGAUGUCGCCGGAUCGGGGGGCAAAAACCCCUUGAUACUUGCCGCCGCUGAGGGGCAUGCAGACGUUGUAGAGACUUUAUUAGCUCACGGAGCUGACCCUGAGUCAGUGGAUGCAGAUGGAAUGCCUGCACUCGGCUGGGCAAGUCUACGUUCACGGCUGCAAACUGUUGUGGUACUCUUGGACAAAGGCGCCAGUGUUGAUCAAACAGACAGCAGCGGCCGGACCCCACUAGGACUGGCUUGCGGAGGACCAGCAGACCUCGUCGAGCUGCUGCUGGAACGAGGAGCCUCGCUGGAGAAGGUGGACCACAGUGGACUGAGACCACUGGACAGAGCCAUUGGACAGAGAAAUGUUCCCGUGGUAAAUUGCUUCUUAAAGAAAGGAGCAAAACUCGGCCCAACCACGUGGGUAAUGGCGUCUGGCAAACCCGAAUUUAUGCUUAUUCUUCUAAACAAGCUGCUGGAAGAUGGCAACAUGCUAUACAGGAAAAACCGGCCUUCGGAGGCGGCGCACCGCUAUCAAUACGCGCUCAAGAAGAUCAAUCCACUCAUAAGUGACGAGGGUGUCACCUCUGCACAAUCUGUACAGGAACACGCGCUAGCCUUUGUGCAGCUCAAGACAAAUCUGUUGCUGAAUCUGUCGAGAUGUAAACGAAAGUUAAACGAACCAUCAGAUGCACUGGAGCUUGCCGCACGUGCAUCAGUACUGCGCCCAAAUGCCUUCGAAUGUGCGUACGCAAUGUCGCGCGCUAUUCUCGCGCUCAACAAGCCGGCAGACGCGCUCCCCCACGCUCGACGGGCACUAGUUCUCGCGCCGCCAACCGACAUAUCUGCAGCGAGGACUUUGAAAGCUUUGCAACAAGAAAUCCUCGCCAGAAUGAACUCUCACGACACAAGAUCAAUGAGAAACUAUGAUAGUAUUAGUCUGAAUAUGCCUUAACUUUCUCAGGUAGAUUAAAAAAAUGCAAUAAAAAUAAUUAACUUAUUAAAGAUUAUCAUGAAUAUUUUUCCAUCCAGACGUGUACUAAUAUUAACAAUCGAAUAUACCCUUACCAUCGGAAUUCACCGAAUGUUUUAUAGUUUAAUAGGUAGGAUAAUGGUUACUACUAUUCGGCCUUUAGCCAAUUAAAAUAUGUCAUGGAUUUAGGUGAUUACCUUAAUAAAAAUAAAGCUUAUGCAGUUUUUAUACAUCCAAUUUAUUAUAAUUUGAUAUAUAAAUAAUAUAUAUUGUGUAUUAAUUAUAUGGAUAUAUUAAUAAUUAAUAUUAAACUUGCCUAAGGGAUCCGGCUCUUCUUAUGCCUUUUCCACGCACGGCGACGAAAGGUCUGCAAGUCAGGUUGACACACGCACUCUUUUUCUUUCAUUACCCGACUUAUAUGCAAUAAAUAAGUUGUGGAACCUGUUACAUGUGCACUGUUUGCAUUGGUUUAUAUGAAAUAUGUAUAAGAAAUAUAUUAGUAUCAUGUCUAUUAGAACUUAUUUUGCAUAUCAUGACAAACGUGAUUAUUUUUAUUAUUUUAAAUUCUUACAAAUAAACUUGGUAUAAAGUUAUAACUGAUGAUAAACAAAGAAAAUGCAAAAUGUUUACAAUGUCGUUGACAAUGAAAAUUCUGAAGUUUUCCGAAUGACAAGCUGACUUGCAAAUAAACGCGAGAAACGUUAUACGUCCGAACAAACUAUUCAAAAUUUCUAUUUGUAAACAUUUUACAUAUUCUUGGUUUAUGCUUAGUUAUAACUUUAUGGCAAUUUUAUUUCUAAGGCCGUUAAUAUUUAAGGUUUAUAUUCAGUUAUCCCUAGAUUUUUCAUUAAAUUCGACGCCAAGGCGAUUAUGAAUAAGCAUCCGUAUAAUGCUUAUCUUCGUUUUAACAAAAUUUUAUAUAAUAAAAUGUACAACAACUAUUUGUAAGUAUGUAUUUUGUAUAAAAAAUAGAGUUAUACGCUCAUAUUAAAUGGCGGUUAUAAAUACUAAGUGCUAUGCUAUUCUGUGGUUGUUUUGCUUUUUUUAAUAAUUAAUCCAAUUUUUAUCUAGUUUAGCGAUAAAUGUGAUCAAUUUUGUUUAUGUACAUAAGCAAUUUUCCUAUACUAUGUAUUACUUAAACUGUAUAGUUUCAAUUUAGAUAUAGUUUUUAGAAGAUUUUCAUAAUAACUUGCCAUUUUAUCAUUCGCUUUAAUACUGCAAUAACAAUUUUGAAUUUUCAUUGAGGGUAGUACGAAAAAUUAUUUUAUUUAUUUUAUUGUUUAUUUAUAGGAUGAUAUGAGUUAAACUCGAGUGCAUUGUUUUGCCUACUUUAUUUAUUAAAUACUUUUAAGGUGGUUGUUUACUUGAUUCUGUAAAUUACAUACAUGCAUAUUGAACGAUUUGCUUAUAUAAGAUAUAUCUGUAUUAGACAGAAGUUGUCUGUUAUUUAUGUAAACUGAAACUAAACACACACGUUGAACAAAAAUUUAAGAAGUUUUGAUGAAAAUGCUGCAUCUAUUUCAAUGCGGCACCGAAUGCUUUGUAUAUUUAAUAAAAAAAAAACUAUAUUAAUUAGAAGUUUUGUAUGUGCCGCGCGACUGUUACGGGCUAAUGGACAAGUACCAUUAUAUAGAUAAUAUUUCGUAUUGCGAUAGAAAACUUUUGAGAUACUGUGUAGUUUUUAUUGCUUUGUCUACGUAAUAUAAGAGUUGUAUUUUAUUUGUAAUCAAUAUCUUCAUUUAAAUAAUAUAUAUUGGCUUGUAUUCAAUUCAUAAUCGAUGUAAAGACUGACGAAAUAAACACUUCUCUUUUGGAAUUAGUAUUAAGACAUAAAGUACAAUAGUUUUAUUACAAAUGUAAUUAUAAAUACAUUAUACAUACUGCUUCA